AUGAUCAACGUCCAUACAACAUAUAUUGACACAUUCAUUGUUGGUAAAGAAAGUGACUCAUUCGUAAUAUUAUCACCAGAUCAACCAACAACAACAACAACAACACAAGAUGAUAUAGUAAAAGUAAAGAAACAAACAAAGAGAUCAUCAAAGAAAAAGACAAGUCACGAUGAUUUUGAAAAUGAUCAAGAUAUAACCAAUUUUACAGAGAAUGAAUUAAAAUGUAAAUUUAAACAAGAGUUGAUUGUAAUUUGCAAUAGAUUGGGUAUACAAUCAUCAAAUAGUCAAUUAAAAGAUACAAUUAUCCAACAAAUCAUCAAACAACAAGAAUUUAAAAGCAAGAUGGUUGACAAUAAUAAACCUUUAUUCGAUUACAACAAGGGAUCACUCGAAUAUUCAUUACCGUGGCCAAUCAUCAGUAGAAUAAUCACACAGUUUUGGCAGGAAUCAUCUAUUUGUACUUGUUACUAUAAUCAACAAACAAUAGAUACUAUAAAAGCAAACCAAUAUAAACGGUGUGGCGUAAUGUGGCCAAUAUAUCUAUCAAUGUUUGAUGAUAGUAAAGAAUCUGCGAUGCAAUGUCCAAUGCAUAGAUACCACUAUUUAAAUGAUUUGGAUCCAUCAAUCAAUAUUGCCAGACCCUUUACAUCAACAGUCAAUGACAAGAACAAAUGGAGAUUUCAACUACUCAACAUAUCAAAGCGAGUCAAUCAAUUCAUAUCAUCAAUUUAUUUUGAUAAUAUUUCAUUCAAACUCGAUCAAGAAACAUGGAGUCAUCUCAACAACAAUCAAUAUUGUCCAAUUAAAUCACCAAAAAUAGUUCAUUUGUAUGAUACAAAAGAUGACCUCUCAUUUAUUGGAGAUCAAAAUAUCGUUGCAACGAUAUUUAAUAUGGUUGAAAACCUAACACUUGAUAAUGUUAAUCUCAAAGCACCCAACAACAAGAUUAUACCAAAAAAUCUCACAUCAAUCAAUUUACAAUCGUAUCAACCUUUAGAAAAAGAAAACAGAGAAUCAUUUUUGGCAAUCCUAUCAAAAACAAUGACAAGAAGAAUAACCAAACUAUUACUUCCAAUCGAUUGGUGCCGGUCGGUAAAUCUUGACACUAAAUUCAACCUAGGUAUUGUCAAUAGCAAUAUUAUUCCACUACCACAAAUGAGAAAUUUGAAAACAUUCCAUUAUUACAACUAUUCCUUAUACCGUUCCUCAUUUGAUAAUCCAAACCUUACAACUCUUGUCGAUCAUUCUUGUGGUGAUCAUGGGAGUGGGUAUAUUAGCACAUUUAUCAACAGUCUUCCAACAACCAUUUCAACAAUCAAGCUCAAACCUGGCACCUCUCUCUUUAAACAUUUAUUUUCGGACCAAACUCUUGGUUUGUUGAAUCUCAACAAACUAUUAAUAGACUAUGAUUUUGAAAUAACUGAUCAAAUAAUCAAUCAUUUUGCAAAGUAUGGAUAUCAAUAUCAUGGGGCAAGAUUUAAAGGUUCAACAACAAAAAGACAAUUCAAAUUUAUUAAAUCAACAACCAAUGAACCACUAAUUAGAUCAACAAAAUCAACUACUACACCAACUUUUCAAAAUGAAAUUGUCCUUAAUAAUAAUAAUAAUACAACACUUGCCUAUUUUUUAAUUGAAAAGAUUGUUAGAUACUCUUGGAACAGUUAUUAUUGUACUUGUGAACAAAUUACCAACCACAAAGACUCCAUUAAACUACAAUGUCAGCAACUAUUCAAUGCAAAAUCAAUAUGCCCUGUUCACAAGAAUAGUGAUACACCAAAGAAAGAUACCGAUGAAAAUAUUCUUUAUCAAAAUAUUAAUCAACUUCGAUUUGGAUUGUCGCUUAUUCAUGUCUAUCAAAGUCAUUGGAGGCAAUAUCAAUCAAUUUAUCAUUUUUGA